GUACAUACAGCUUUUUGACAGCAUCUGAUAUCAACAAAGACAAAGUGGUGGAUCUACUUUUUGCACUCAAGGGUUCUAACAGCAGCCUUAAUGUGUCUUGUUCUGAUGAAGGACUUCCUUCUCCAUGUGGUUUUCUAAUUGCUCUCUCUGGAACCAAUGGCAGUACUCUGUGGGAGAGGCCUGUGGGAAAAGAUAUUCUACUUAUAAAGUGUAAGCUACAAAUGCACGACAAAACUUCAGGAUGUGUGGUCCUUGAGAAACCAAAUAUUAUCACUGCAUUUGACUUGGACACAGGGCACUUGCUUUGGAAUCAUACAAUCAAUCUUGGAAGCAAUGCUACAGUGUUGAACCCCAUAGUACAGCUCCCGGAUAUGAAUGGUGAUGGUGUUGAUGACAUUUUGCUUGCAUUCACUGAAGGCAGUACGAUUAAUGGUGCUGCUCUAUCGGGUAGAGAUGGCAACCAGAUUGGACAAGUUGUAAUCCACAAUGUGCCCACAGUUACAGGUUUUUUAUUGCACAAAACUAACACAGGAUCCCAUUAUCUCCUUGUUAACACAGGAAAACUUGUUUAUGGCUUUGCCCUGAAAGAUGUCUAUAGGCCUGAAACUGCCAGCCUGAAACAAGAUUCUGAAUGGUUGAAGAAGAAGACAGCAUCAAACAGUACAUCUGACUAUGUCCUUGUUUAUAGUUCCAGUGAUGUCAGGAAUGUGUUGACAGUUCCGGGUCAGAGUCCCCAAAACAUUUUAGCAUUGUCAUCCAGCUGGACUGAGCUGUUGAAUGGCCAGAACCUUCGCAGUCUUUGGAAAACAAAUACAUCUCAUGUUUUCAACAAACCUACGUUUGGCAUGUUCAAAAAGGACCAAGUCUCAGUUGUCAUUGAAGAUGAGUAUGCUGCACAGAGUAAGAAGGUUUUAAUUAUUGAUAGUAAUUCUGGAAACAUUAUGUGGGAGCAAGACGUGAUUUCAAAACCAGGCAGUCCUCAACCAGCAACAAUCAGCACAGUAGAUCAUCAUUCUGUUUUCUUAUUCUGGGGGGAGAUUCAGUCCCAGAGUAAUGUCACAGUUCCAUAUGAUGAGAAGCACUAUCUCUUUGCAAUGCACCCUAAGAAUUUUCGUUUCCUUCUGCAGCUAAACAAUGGUACCAGCAAUAUCAUGGCCUUUGAUGCUCUUCUUUUUGAGAGAGGUAGACAUGCCUGCUAUGUUCUCCUGACUGGCCCAUCUGCUGAGGAGGAACUCGGAACUGUAUCCAUUUCCAAGCGGAAAUUGAAGGAAGAUGUUGUGUACAGCAAUGUAAUCCGUCUGAGUGACGAUGCCAGUAGCAGUGAUGAAGACGUCAAACAGCUGUUUUUGAAUCUUCGAUUCAGCAGUGAGACGUUAUCUAAGAAUUGACUAGAAUGAAAAGAACAGUCAGACUGAAGAACUUGAGAUGUAAUUUUACUUUUAAACAAAAAAGAGAUUUGUUCUGUUUUGUCUUACUGUAAAUCAGUGGAAAUAGGAAGACAGACAGCAGGAAUUCAUCCAGACUGGUGCUGAUAUGAUUUAGUAGUUAAGUGCACUGACAUGCCAGAUGGUUUAUGAUGAUUUUUAUUUAUUUUUUUCUUUGUCUUUUGUCGUUCAUGAACAAUGCAAAAAAUGCAGAGUAUCUUUGAUGAUGUGCCUCACACUACAGGUUGAUUGCUCCUAAAAAGAAAACAGUUGUCAGAACUUGUAAGUUGCAGAAAUACAGUGUCAAAGUCAGUUUAUUAAAUACAGAUGAAUCACUUCUUGGCCUGUUGGCUAAGACCAAGUGUAAUUCUAACUGCUCAAUUGAAUUGCCAUUACUAUUUUGUUUUACACAUUUGCUUAUGAGAUGAAUAGCACAGGUUGGCAAUGCUGUAUGUCCAAGCCAUGUCCACCUGGGAUGGAUGUGAAAAAGAAUUUCAGUUUGCAAAUGGAAACGUUAACUGUGGGCUGUUUUCUUCAUUCUCUCUAAUUUAGCUGUGUCAGAUUUAAUUAUAUACACAGUUACCAGCAGAGAUAACUGUAAGCAAAUGCCAAAGAAACAAAGUACAGUUGCUCCUUUUGUUGUUGUAGUAGUCCAUAUCUUUCUCUGUUGUUUAAGGUGAGUUGUACUGCUGUAACUUAAUUAUUGUUAAAGAACCUGGAUAUUAAAAUGUAGCAAUUUGAUGUAACACAUUCAUUUCAUAAGAAAACAUAACUUUGCAUACUAGUUAGAUAUAUUGGUUGUCACUGUCUCCAGGUUCCUUUUAGAAUGUUUUUUUUUUUUUUUUUAAAUACUAUUAACUUUCAAACCAAUGUGGAAACCUCUCUUUAGCUCACUGUGGAUGGCUACACUGCCAGAUGUCUUCUUUGAUAACAAUAUUACUAAACUAGCUGCUCCAUUAGUGUGGAGGGAUAAAGCCCUAAAUACAACCCAAAUAACCUGGGUUUGAUUGUCAGCUCUGCCGACUGACGGAGCAACAGAGAGGAAGCAUGCUCGCUGGUGACCCUCCCUAAGGGGAGGUGUAGUCUGAAGAGGGAAGUUUCCCUGGGACACAACCAGCUAGCAUGUGGGGUGGGAUGGAAAAGUGGAUAGGGCAUGUAAAAUAAAAAAUGAACUGAGGCACAGACACAGCCAUGCCCCCAGGACGCUCUUAAGAUCCACAACUGGCCCCAGCAACACUAGAGCAAGUCUGGGGGUGGGGUAAGAGAAUGACGGUUAGACCCAGUGUGGACGUGGGGCAUUGGGAGCCCCAGUACCAAUGAGGUCUGUGGGAACAAAAAAUAUUACUAAACUGCAUAUAACCACUUAAGUGCCAUUGUAUAUUUUUAAUAUACAGUUAGGUUUGUAGACAUCAAUGUUUUGCUGAUUUUGCAGUGUCAUUAAUGCAUUCACAAUCACUACUACAUAAUACUUUCUCUUUCUUUUCUUUGCAGCAGCCAUCUUUUCCCAUUAUGUCCUGUUUCUUUUCAUGUUCUGGUGUGGUAGCAAGUUCUUUUACCAAUUGUCUCUUUGUAACAGAAAGGAAGAUGUCUGCUGUUCACCACAUCCUCUUGAGAUAAAAUACGAAUUAUAGGACUAGUGUCAUUUGUUUCUGUACUUUAACAAAAAGGUCAUGUAAUGGAGUGAGAUCACAAAAUUGUGGAGGUAAGGACAUUUCUCCUUAACCCCAAGCCUUGUGGACCUCCCCCCCAGUCAGUUUAUCUAGAGAUGGGCUGCAAAAAUAAAGUAUAUUUUUUUUACAAGGCAAUGAUUUGCAA